AUGCCCGACGGCUGCCAGCAGAGUCCGGUGCUGGCGGGCAGCGCCACGCUGGCCAUCCUGGGGGCCCUGGUCCUGUACCAGCGGACGCCCAACAGCUACGGCAAGCACACGACGAGCUCGGCGUCGGCGGCCCCGCUGCUGCCCGCGCGCGCCGCCUGGUUCCUGCAGGAGCUGCCCUCCUUCGCCGUGCCCGCGGGCAUGCUGGCCCGGCAGCCCCGCGCUCUCUUCGGGCCGCCGGCCACGCUGCUGCUGGGACUCUUCUGCGCGCAUUACUUCCACAGGACAUUCAUUUACUCUUUGCUCACUAGAGGGAGACCUUAUCCAGUUCUGUACACUUUCAAUGGCUUUAUUUUCUGCAUGGGAAACGGACUUCUCCAAGGCUACUAUCUGAUGCACUGUGUUGACUACCCAGACGAGUGGUACACAGACAUCCGCUUCAGCCUGGGUAUCUUCUUAUUUUUUUUGGGAAUGGGAAUCAAUAUUCAUAGUGACCUUAUACUGCGGCAGCUCAGGAAGCCUGGAGAAACCACCUAUCAGAUUCCGAAAGGCGGCUUGUUUACGUACGUUUCCGGAGCCAAUUUCCUCGGUGAGAUUGUGGAAUGGAUCGGCUUCGCCCUGGCCACCUGGUCCCUCCCAGCACUCGCCUUCGCAUUUUUCUCGCUCUGUUUCCUCGGGUUGCGAGCUUUUCACCACCAUAGGUUCUAUCUCAGGAUGUUCAAGGACUACCCCAAAUCUCGAAAAGCCCUCAUUCCAUUCAUCUUUUAAGAAGCUCAAAUCAAAGACCAACAGAGCUGGCACCACCACCAAGCUGCUGAACCUACAACUCCCAAG